CCUCCCUCGAACACGAAGAGAGCAAGCUCCUCCGUAUUCAGCUAGAAAUGAAUCAAAUAAAGUCUGAAAUUGACAGGAAGAUUGCAGAGAAAGAUGAGGAGAUUGAUCAGCUGAAGAGGAACCACCAAAGAGUUGUAGAAACAAUGCAGAGUGCCUUGGAUGCCGAAAUCAGGAGCAGAAAUGAUGCUUUAAGAAUCAAAAAGAAAAUGGAAGGUGAUCUGAAUGAAAUGGAGAUUCAGUUGGGACAUGCAAACCGUCAAGCCUCAGAAGCUCAGAAACACCUCAGAAAUGUGCAAGGACAAUUAAAGGAUACCCAGUUACACUUAGAUGAGGCUUGCAGAGCUCAGGAAGACUUGAAGGAGCAAUUGGCAAUGGUUGAACGCAGAAGUAGCCUGCAGCAGGCUGAGAUUGAAGAAAUCAGAGCAGCCCUGGAGCAGACAGAUCGAUCUCGCAAAAUUGCUGAACAAGAGCUUGUUGAUGUCACAGAGAGAGUACAGCUACUGCACUCUCAGAACACAAGUCUCAUUAAUACCAAGAAGAAGCUGGAUGCUGACCUGAAUCAUCUCCAAUCUGAAAUGGAAGAGACAAUUCAGGAAUCCAGGAAUGCUGAAGAGAAAGCAAAGAAGGCUAUCACAGAUGCUGCCAUGAUGGCUGAAGAGCUGAAGAAGGAACAGGACACCAGCGCUCACCUUGAACGAAUGAAGAAGAACCUUGAGCAGACAGUGAAAGAUCUACAGCAUCGUCUGGAAGAGGCUGAGCAGCUGGCAAUGAAGGGAGGAAAGAAACAGCUCCAGAAACUGGAAGCUAGGGUGCGUGAACUGGAAAAUGAACUGGAAGCUGAGCAGAAACGAGGUGCUGAUGCUAUUAAAGGUGUUCGCAAAUAUGAAAGAAGAGUGAAGGAACUGACCUAUCAGUCUGAGGAAGACAGGAAGAAUAUUCUGAGACUGCAAGACUUAGUUGACAAACUGCAGAUGAAGGUUAAGGCCUACAAGAGGCAAUGUGAGGAGACUGAGGAGCAGGCCAACAUUCAUCUGUCCAAGUUCAGAAAGGUGCAGCACGAACUUGAGGAAGCUGAGGAACGUGCUGACAUUGCAGAGUCUCAAGUCAACAAACUUAGAAGUAAAAGCCGUGACAUAAGUUUGAAGGUCUCUGCAGAAGAGUAGAUGACAAUCUGAAAUGGUCCAAAGAAGAAAUCCACAAAAUGUGCAUUUCUUUGUAACAUAGUUUUAUAAAUGUAGUUCUAUCACUAGAAAUAAAAGUGCAAGUUGGACAUAU